GUCACACUGCUGGUAUCCAAAACAGACAAAAAAAAAGUUUCUUUCGAUCCAAAAACCAAAUUAACUUGGAUUAUUACCCAUAAAGUUAUUCAAAUUUAAAGCGAAGCGUAACUAAAAAUGCACACGACGAGUCUGCCAAAUGGCAAGAUAGUGCAUUAGGGCAGCGCAUUAUAAACACAUAAAAUACAAAAAAAAAUAAAUUAUAAAUUGCAACCUGGUGGGAGAGUCAUCAUGGAGGAAAAUAUGUGGAUAAUUGAACUGGAGUCGGCGCUGCUGGAUGAUUGCAAUGUGAACGAUAUAUAUAGCAUUUGUCGGGGCAAGGGACUGCCGGAGGCCCUGCGUCCGGAUGUGUGGCAGGUGUGCCUGGAUGUGCGCCACAAAAGCGAUCAGAUGUCGCUCUUCAACGAGAUCUAUGAUCUGCCGUUUCAAAGCCAGCUGCGAGAGGACUGCCAGCGGCAUGUGGAUCGCAUGGGCAACGAUGAGGAGGACAAGGUGUCGGUGGUGUCCGACCUGGAGUCGAUCAUAACGUUCUACUGCAAGAACCGCAAUCUGCAGUACGAGCCGGAGAAUGGCUGGAUUGAAUUGCUACUGCCUUUGUUCGCCCUCAAGCUCAACCGCUCGGACACAUUCAAUCUGUUCGAGGCGAUACGCGACACCUACAUACCCAAGGGCUGCAAGCCCAAGGGCAAUGUCUUCCAUGUGUUCCGGCUGCUGUUGCAGUACCACGAUCCCGAGCUGUGCUCGUUGCUCGACACCAAAAAGAUCACACCCGAUCUGUACUCGCUGACGUGGUUCCAGUCCCUGUUCGCCUCCUGCAGCAGCCUCUCGGUGAUAAUCGCCAUGUGGGAUCUCUACUUUCAGAAUGCGGACCCCUUCAUGGUCUUCUUUCUGGCCCUCAUCAUACUGAUCAAUGGGCGCGAGAAGAUAAUGCAGAUUAAGACCUCGUCCAAGGAGGAGAUCAUCGAGUUCCUCAUCAACAUGCCGUGCGCCCUGGAGCUGGACGAUGUGUGGGAUUUUUGCUCACUCGCCCAGUACUAUGCGCUGAAGACGCCGACCUCCUUCAAGACAGACUACCUGAAGGCGCUGUACGGCAAGCAGAACGACUCGCCGCGCAGCCAGGAGGAGUCCAACAAGGUGUCCCAGGCGUUGUGCCUGCCCGUGUCCGUCUACGAGUUGGUGGAGAAUUCGGCCACCGAGUUUCCAGUGUCCGAUGCAGUGCGCUUCUUUCUCGUCGACUGCCGUCCCGCCGAGCAGUAUAAUGCCGGCCACCUGUCCACGGCAUUCCAUCUCGACUGUAAUCUGAUGCUCCAGGAGCCCGUUGCGUUUGCCACCGCCGUCCAGGGCCUGCUUACGGCCCAGCGUCAGGCCAUCGAGGUCAAUUCAAAUGCCGGCGGGGAGCAUCUAUGCUUCAUGGGCAGCGGACGCGUGGAGGAGGAUCAGUACACACAUAUGGUGGUGGCUUCAUUCCUGCAGAAGAACACACACUACGUGUCCUUGCUCACCGGCGGCUACGCAUCCAUACACGACUACUUUGGCGACCACAUGGCCGACUGCCUGGAGGAUCACAAUGUGCGCAAGUGCCUCGUCUGCCAGGAGCACAAUUCCCAACAGACGAAAAUCGUGCCGCUGAAGGCCACAACGGCCGCCUCGUCCACGGAUUUGUUCAGCAAAUUCUCUGCUGCCAUGAAGUCAAAGUCCGCCGAGGUUAAGGGCAAGCUGCUGGACAUCAUUGUGAAUCCCAGUGCGAGUAGCGGACCCGCAGCCAGCGGCGUGUCCAAUGGGUCACAGUCGGCGGCGGCGGCCCAGGAGCGUCAUGUGAGUGCCAAGGAAAGGAAUGGCAAGCGCUAUCGCAAUGUGGCGCCUGUCUUCAGCAUCGAUGAUGAGAACGAGGACGCCUACGAUGGUGCGGAACGCGAUGCACCCAAGCUGCCGGGCGACAACAAGGAGAUCGUGAAUCUGAAUCAAUAUUUCAAAACGGCAGACAUCAUCAAUGCGUUCAAGUGCCAGGAGGUGCACAUGAGCGGCUACAUGUACGACAGCCAUCUGAUAAUCACGCCCGGGCAGCUGGUGGUGCUGCGCGAACUGGGACGCGGCCAGGCCCAGAUUAUGGUGCGUCGUCCGCUGGCCAGCAUUGUCAAGAUUACGGCCAAGAAGCGACACCGUGAUCUGAUCACCUUCAAGUACGGCUUUCCCGAUGGCGAAGGGCUGAUGAUCACCGACAUGGAUCGCUUUCUCAUACCAAAUGCCACCGAGGCCACGGCUCUGGUCUCCAAGCACAUAGUGCAGGUGCUGGACAAUGUCAAGUAGGAUGCCAAUGCCAGCGUCAGACGUUGUGGAAAUGCUUUUCUUCCCCACCCAACAAGCUUUAUUUAACAACACACAGACAGACACAAAGUGCAAUGCGUGCGGCACCCCUCGCUCACGCUGUAACUAGUUUUUAAUUGGCAAUUUUUUCCUUGUAGUAGCUGACAAACUGUAGUCUUAAUUGUAAACGAAAGUGGUCCAGGCCAAGCCACAAGGCAAAUGUAACAUAGAGCACCCGAGCGUCCGCCUGCUCCCUGCCCCAAGCCCCCAUUAUAUUUUCAAAAGUUCUAAGUGCAGCCCAAAAGGUAACCUUAAACAAAAGCCUCGAGACUUACAAUGUGUAAAUGUGGAUGAUGAGAGAGUAACUAAUAUUUAUUGCAAUUCAAACCCAUACAAAUAAACGUGUAUUAUAUUG